GCGGAGUUUUGAGAACAAACAAAAUAAAGUGGUCUUCGUGUAAAACUGGACCCUUCGUGUUUGUUAUUUUGUGGUUCUCUACAGUAUAGGUGACAUGUAUCAACCCUCGGUUACACUCUUAUCAAUAUAAAAUAAAUUUAAGUGGUUUAAAAACUAGAUUUGUUAUCUUCAUGAUAAGGUAACUUUCCCAUAGUCUUGAAAGCAGCGCAGUAUCACGCGACUUGCGUUGUCUCGCGAGAUUAUAACACCUUAUCCUGUGAGUAUUUCCACCGGGCGGAAAAUGGGGAAAGCCGACUUUUUCUCGCCCAAGGCGAUAAGCAACCGGAUCAAAUCCAAAGGUCUGCAGAAGCUGCGGUGGUAUUGUCAAAUGUGUCAGAAACAAUGCCGGGAUGAGAAUGGCUUUAAAUGUCACUGCAUGUCCGAGUCCCACCAGAGGCAGCUGCUGCUCGCCUCGGAGAACCCUCACAAGUUUAUGGACUUCUUUUCCAAUGAAUUCAAAACUGGAUUUCUCGAGCUGCUGCGGAGACGUUUCGGGACCAAGCGUGUGCACAACAACAUUGUGUACAACGAGUAUAUCAGCGACCGCGAGCACAUUCACAUGAAUGCCACGCGCUGGGAGACGCUCACUGUCUUCACCAAAUGGCUGGGCAGGCAAGGUUUGUGUAAGGUGGACGAGACGCCAAAAGGCUGGUACAUCGAGUACAUCGACCGUGACCCGGAGACCAUCCGUCGCCAGGAGGAGCUGGCGAAGAGGAAGAAGCACGAGUUGGACGACGUGGAGAGGAGCGCCAAGUUCAUCGAGGACCAAGUCCGCCGAGGCCUCAGCACCAAGGAGGAGGAGGCGAAUCCAGUUUAUACUGAGCUGCAGCGAGAGAACGAAGAGGAAAAAAUUGCUUUCAAUAUGGCCCUUGGUGCAUCAUCAGCUGGGCCUUCAACAUCAAGUUCCCUCGCGGCCUCCAGCGCGCUGAAGAAGGCGUCCUCGUCAGUUAAGAGGAAAGACACGUCCUCCGCUUCCGAGUCGAGGGACAAAAAGAAGAAGUCUGCCUUGGAGCAGAUCAUCGAGAGUGAAGAGCGAAUGAGGCAGAAGCAGCAGCCCGUCAGGACCGACAACUGGUUGCAGCCCAACAUUGUUGUCAAGGUGGUCACCAAGAGGCUGGGAGAAAAGUAUCACAAGAAGAAGGCCGUCGUCAUGGAAGUGCUGGAGAAAUACACGGCGGUGGUGAAGAUGGUGGACUCAGGAGACAAACUGAAGCUGGACCAGAACCACGUGGAAACCGUCAUACCCGCACCAGGAAAACGUGUGAUGAUCCUAAACGGAAACCACCGAGACACCGAGGCGGUGUUGGAGGGCAUCGAGGAGAAGAACUUCUGUGCUUCGCUCACGCUUGACUCUGGUCCACAGAAGGGUAAGCGAGUGGAGGUCGCCUACGAGGACUUCUCCAAGCUGGCAUGAACCAACUUUCUUCUUCUUUUUUUCCAUUGAAGGACUCUACUAUGUCAGGGUUUUAUCACUUUUUUAUAGACAUUUCCUCAUUAUGGAGCAAGCAUUUUGUUGUUUAAAUCACAAUCAAAUCAAACUUUACAUUA